CCCGGGGGAAGGGGCGGAGAGUUGGCUGCUAACUCUGUAACACAAGUAACAAACAGUGAGCACAUAAACUGGGAAACCCGUUUUACCGUAACCUAAGAGGAGCUGUGAAUUGGCAGUGGUUCUUCUGUACGCGGCACUGACCGGAGAGCGUGACCGUGACCGGGAAUCUGGUGCUUUCGGGAUGAGGCAGGCGUACGUGGGCGUAUAAUAGGGAGCCUGUUGCUUUUCUGCUACAAGUGCGCGUUUGUUGAGUCUACCCGGUAUAGGCAGCUGGAGGUCCCAUGGCAGCCAGAAGGACUAGACGUAUUACCGGCCCGGAUGUGAGCAGGAGCACCGUGGCACGGGCCGCCCGUAUAGCCGAGCUGCUGCAAUAUGAGUGCUCCAUCUUACUGGAACUUUAUAGAGAAAAGGAGAGUUUCACUGCAGAUAUUUUGGUUGACGGUCGCCUGGUGUCGGUCCCUCCUCCUUCCUCGCAGCUGGACACCAGGGACAAGCUCUGGCGUCUCCACUCUGCUCUGCUGCAGUGCCGAAGCCUGCUGGAUAGAGCCAUCGCCAGAGAGGAGGAGGAGCUGGGCGGCGGGAAGAAGGGUGACUAUGAGACCCAGAGGAAGGUGGUGAAGGACAGGUUGUCGUAUCUCUUGAUAAGCACUGGAGAACUUCUCAAAACUGCUGGUGGCCCGGCGCUACUGACGCCCAACUUGGAGGGAUUAGAGAUAGACGGUCCCACCACGCUGUUUGAGCUGAAGCUUUGGGUGCACCGGAUCUUCAAAGAAGUGGAUUACUGGACCAAGAUGGCCAUCACCACCUUGGAAGCCCUGCCCUCGGUGAUAGCCAAGGAGAGCAUGAUGACCACGAGAGUCAGGAGCACGAGAAGCGCUCGGAGAUAGACAUGAGGAGUGUGUGAGGGCAAAGAGGACUAAUAACAGGAUAGGGACAUAGAGGAAAGGGAGGAAUAACAAGAUAAAGCAAGGUGUUCAGCCUGGGGCCAAAGUGAAAAAGGUGUAUUUAUAUAAAAUAUCCAGCUGAGUGAGACACACAUCCCGACAGGGAGAUGAGCGGGUUGGGGUAUAUUUAGAUCAUGAGACAGAGAGGGACUAAGAGUCAACAACCUUAUGAUCAUGGCUAAUAAAAACAUUUAUUGAUUCAAGUUAUUUUAAGUAUGGCAGAGUCUAUGCAACGUUUAUAUUUAUUGUUUACUUUGGUAGGGGAAAUCUCAAAAUAUGUCUCAAUUCAGAGUUAAGAACAGUUUUUUCCGUUCUUUCUUUUUUCUUUCUCUCGUUUUGGUAUUGCGAAGCAAGGUCUCAUUUAUUAACAGCAACUCAAAAUGCAUAGUUAUACUGUUUUCUCACUUGCCUUGAUCGACCUGCAUGCCUGCCUUUAAUACGGCAGUCUUUAUUUUUUUUAGAUAUACUGUCCAUGAUUCAAUAAAGGAGUAAAAAGUCAGCUAGGAAAACAUUGGGAUCAUAAUCUCAACAUUUGAGUUCAUGCCAUCGCAAGACUGUAGCUCUGCUUUAUGUAGAUUUGAAGGCUAUAAAUCAUUCCACAUAAGUUAUUAUCUGGGGAGGUUCAGUGUAUGAAGGGGGAAAAUGUGUACAACAGCACCCUCUAGUGUUUGCAUUCAUACAGUCUUUAUUUCUUGAUUGACCUCAAUAAUUCUUAUGUCAAAUUAUUAUUUUUUCUUAUAGUUGUAUUAUUUUUAUAUGGCACUUACUGAAGUUAUGUCACAGGCUUUAGGUAGCAACAACUGAGAUGAAACAUCAGUAGUCCAAACUGAUGGACAUGCAAAUUGGCACAUAAGCAGGGAGUGUUGAAGAAAUUCAACUUAAAUAUUAGUGGUCUGCCAACUUAAGUGAACAUUUUCAUGAACAUCUUACACUACUUUUGUUCAUACUGGUUUAGUUGUUUUAAAAAGCAAAACAAAUGUUUUAAAUGCAUAUAGUGAAAUGGAAAAGGCCAAUUUUCACUGCGACACAAAUAUGAUGUUCACAAUCGUCAAUAUGAAUACUUAUCCCAUUUUUAAUGGGUCUGAAUUCAGACUGCUUAUAGUUAAUACAACUAAUAAUCGAAUUUCUAUCUACUGGGUGGUCGAAGCUUCAGUGUAAUGAAACAUGUAUACUUGUUAAGUUAACUUGGUUAAUUGUGAUGACGACCUAACAUAAAUUCAAGAUGUCAGUUGGUUAUUUACUACUACUACUAGUACUCCUAAUAUAAGUACUACUACUAGAUUCAGAUUUUUAAAUAAUUGAGUGUGUUCUUAGUUGUGCCUUGUCACAUGCAUGUAUUUCCUAGAUUAAAGGCUGAUAAACUGUUGGUAAAUGCACUGGGGGUACAAACAGAUCUUUGUGAGAUUGAUUAAGGUUACUCCAAACUGUGUUCAGGGUUCUGGAAGCUGAAUGUUAUUACUGUAAGGCAACCUGAAUGCUUUCUGUGAUGUGAUCUGAGUUGCAUUGCUUCAUUUAAAGGAUGAUAUGUGAACCUUAAGAAAAUAAGAGCUACUGUUCAUGUUUUGCAUGCACUAAAUGAAAAAUAACAACACAUCAUACAGCACAAAGGCAUCCUACAUACCUAAAGAUGCAGCACUUUUAAUGUGAUAUACUGUAAAUGCCUUUUGUCAUAUAUUGCAUGAAUGUUCUGUGUAAGGGUUUGGGAUGCACUUCAUUUCUUCUUUUUCAUGCUCAGGUGAUGAGCUCUCUGCUGUCCCAAACAGCACAUCAAUCUUAUAAAACUUUUUAUUUAUUUUUCCAAACACAUUUUCCAUCUCUGUUCUCUGUUUUGAGUUGUGUUGGAACCCAGACAAGGGAUAGUCAAAGUCAAGAAGUAUAAGUCCAAAUUUGACCAUAAACAAUGGAAAAUAAGUGCAAUGAUGAAGCUAUAGGUGUUAUAAGAGAAGAUAACAUAUGAAACAAGAAGUUCAGUUUCAAUUACACAUUUAUGAAUGCCAAGGUUUCAAGACACUAAAAUACUACCAUUUAACAGAGGAAAGUUAUCAUGUUGGAACCUAUUUUAUUCUCUGUUUACAAAUUGAGAAAUAAAUAGAAGAAUUAUGCGGUACUUGUUACAAAUGAUUCCACCAAGACUGGGACAAUUGGACCAGCAUAUUGGUCUCACUGAAAUGAAUGAGGCUGCAUAUCUUUGACGCAUUGCUAUUGUUGGUUUGAAUGCCGCCUCAGAGCCUGUGCAGUAGAUUUAGGGGGAAAGUGAAUGCUUACAGGUUCCAAUAGCUUCAUAUCUAAGCCUUCCAUUUUUCUGUUUGAACCACACACAUUAUCUCUUGGUCAGUGAUAGACAUAUAAGACAAUCAUUUGAAGUCUGUCCUCUUCUAUAGAUUACAGUAUUUACAGCAUGGGGGUUACAUUCCUGGAAAAUAAAAUGUUUUAUUUGA